CGGAGGAGGAAGAAGUCCAGGCAGCUGCAGAUGAGUUGGCAGAGAAAGCCUUCAAUCGGCUGCAAGAAGUAGAGGCUCUGAUCAACGAGGGCCGCCAUUGUGACAUUUUUAUAAAGCCUUUGGUUGAGAUCCUCGAAUACUUUGAGGAACCUCGUCGGGCGAGAUCGCUUCUGUUGCAAUACGCCCGCCGUUUACCGGAGAAUCCCAACGCUUUUCGGUACCUCGCUGAUUGGUACCGGCGUAGAGCGAAGGCUUUCCAGAUCACUUCAAAUCCUUCCACAGCGGAUCCCAACACUCCUCACCUGAAUCCAGCUGAUAAACAAUUGCCGGUUAAUGAAAGGUCCUUGCGCGAUGAACCACCAUGUUCAUCUUCCCCAUCCAGAACGAUAGAGAAGAUGUUGCGGUACAAAAUAGAAUUUUCCAGGCGUGUGCUUCCCGAACCGGCUCCUGUGACAUACGAACGGUGUUCUUCAGUUGCCGAAGAGAGAAAGCUUCUGCGCUUCAACCGCCCUCAUAUUCUAACCAUUACUUUGUGUCUAAAACAUGGUAAGCGGCUUCGAAACAAAAAGUCCUGA